AGAAAUAGAGAACAAUUUAAAAUGUAUGUUAAAUAAUUUAUAUUUCAACGAUACGGCACGAGCUGCCGCUGUUACAUGCCGCGCAUGGCCACAAAAUAUCUCCCAGGGGGUAUGUUCUGUGAUUGACAUCUCGAACGUCGUGGAGCUGCGUGGAGGUGUGACGUGUCAGUGUUUGAACCUUCUGACCUGAAAUAAAAUUUCAUUCGGUUUCCAACUAGACUUCUGGUGUAACAAGUUUAAUUCCUAAACGUUUACGCUUGUUCAGACAAAAUGCCUGCUCCGGCUAGUUCGACCAGCGUAGGUGUACGAGGCAGAUCUCCCGCAAAAGGAGGUGCUCCCAGGGCAGGAACAGGAGGCGCCGUGAGGCAAAGGAAAACCACAACAACCACCACUACAGCAAGGAGAAAUACCGGCGCCGGCACUGGCGGUAUGUGGAGGUUCUAUACCGAUGACUCUCCCGGCAUUAAAGUAGGCCCAGUUCCAGUUUUAGUAAUGUCUCUUCUCUUCAUCGCAUCUGUAUUUAUGUUACACAUCUGGGGCAAAUACACCAGGUCUUAAGUUAGUAAACACGAUUUUUCAUUCCUUAAUGUAGGUCUAAUGUUCAAUCUACAUUGCAUUUUUCAUUCUUUUUAAGUCAACAUUUUUACAUAUGUUGUUGGUUUUGUAGGAUAAAUGAAUAAUUCUAUUUAAAUAAAUUAUUGUACUUUUCAUACAUAA